AUGUUUGUACCACAAAAUUUACCACUGUUCAUCAUCAUUGGUCACUUCCGAUUGAUAGCUAUAUGCUGCAAAUUACCUUUCAACAAUACGGAUUCAGCAGAAUACCUUCCAAAAGUACAACGAAACGUUCAAAAUCAGUACCUUCGAACUUACGAUAAUAUUGACAUUAGAGAUAAGUUAAUAAAACAGCGAAGUGUAGCAAUGCCACAACAAUUUUCGUUUUCAUUUGAUCCAUCAAGCCAAGUCCGCGGUGCCAAAGCAUGUAGUCUACCCCAACAAAUAGGCAAUGGUCCAUAUCGAAUACCACGAUGGUACUAUAAUUCAGUUAGGAUGCGUUGUGAGUUGUUUUAUUGGUCUGGUUGUUGCGCUAAUGGAAAUAAUUUUCCAUCAAUUCACAACUGCAAACGAUUAUGUGAAGUUGACCCGUGCAAACAGGAUUUGGAUCAAGGACAUGGGAAGACUUUGCAAGCCCGAUAUUAUUUCAAUAAAUAUGCCAAAGUGUGCGAGCAAUUUGAUUAUCGUGGUAUUGAUGGAAACCGAAACAAUUUCGAAUCCUUACAAGAGUGUCAACAACAGUGUCCAGAAGCACUGAGUCCUUGUUCACAUGGUAGCAGCACACCUCAAAUACCAUGUUUUGGUGACAGUACUUGUGGUGUCAACCAGUUCUGUCAUUUUGGACAGUCUCAGCUAACCACUGUCUGCUGCAAUCGAUCACCAACUGGAGACCGAUGUCACCAACUACUGAAUAUAGGUUUGGGUAAUGCCUUUCUACAACGAUGGCACUUCAAUACCAAUUCAAAACACUGUGAACCAUUCAUUUAUAGGGGAUUGCAGGGCAACGAAAAUAACUUUUUAAAUCAGAAUGAUUGCCAAAUGACUUGUUUCGUGAAUCCAUGUGCUGCGGGAGAACCAUAUCAAAUUCAAGGAAAUACUAUGCAGUGUUCACCAGCUAAACCAUCAAUGUGUCCUAAUGGGUAUUAUUGUCACAUAGGAGCUGAGCCACAAACAACUGUUUGCUGUCCGAACCUUGGUGGUAAUGCAUGUGAGCAACAGGUGGAUCAAGGCCAAGGGAAUUACCAGUUACAGCGAUGGUAUUGGAAUAUUGCCAGUCAACGAUGCAUGCCUUUCGUUUACGCUGGCUUAAAAGGAACGCAAAAUAACUUUCUAAACCAAGAAAUAUGCGACAGAACUUGUUACGCAUUCGAGAAUCCGUGUUUGUCCGGCAAACCGCAGCAAGGAGUCAAUAAUCGUCCGUUAUGUAGCUCAACUUAUAACAAUUGUGCAAUAACACAUUGGUGUCAUAUUGGCGCAGUACCACAAACAACAGUAUGUUGUCCCGGGAAAGUCGAAGGACGGGCUGUUUGCAAAUUACCACUAGCGUUUGGUUCUGGUGAUGCCAACUUAAAACGAUGGUAUUUCGACCAGAACAUUUUAAACUGCAUUCCAUUCAGCUAUGGUGGGAUGCAUGGAAAUCAGAAUAAUUUUUUAACACAACAGCAGUGUCAACAACACUGUCCAGGAUUCACAAAUCCGUGUAGAUCCGGUAAUCCAGAAAUGGAUAGCAACGGUCGUAUCAAAAUAUGCAGCAAAUCGUUGAAUUCAUGCAGUUCGACAUUCUGGUGCCAUAUCGGAGCUCAACUGCAAACAACACUUUGUUGUCCAGACAGAGUAGAGGAAUCGACUGCAUGUCAACUACCACUUGCAAUCGGUCAUGGUGGAGCCAAUCUUCAACGAUGGUACUUCAACAACAACAUCCAUAAAUGUGUACCAUUUAUCUACGAUGGCUUGCACGGGAACCAAAAUAAUUUUCUCACCCAACAAGAAUGCGAACAAACCUGCCCUGUAUUUGUGAAUCCAUGUGCUUCGGGUGAGGCGCAAAUGGGACGAGGAGAGCGUCCACAGCAAUGCAUUUCCCAUAACCAAUGUGCUAAUGGUUAUUGGUGCCAUGUCGGCGCAGUCUCGCAAACAACCGUAUGCUGUCCAGGAAGAGCACAAGGAUAUGCAAUUUGUCAGCAACCAGUGACAGCAGGAAUGGGUAAUGCAAACUUGCAAAGGUGGUACUAUGACGUAAAUACUAGGCAGUGUCUGUCAUUUACUUAUCAUGGAACGAUGGGUAAUGAGAAUAACUUUAUCAGCAAAAAAGCAUGUCAACUGACUUGUCCUGCCUAUGUGAAUGUAUGUCCACAAGGUAUUCCAUUGUUGGAAAUCAGCACCAAUCAACCAAGACUGUGCGCGUUCGGUGAAAAUAGCUGUGGACCAAAAUACUGGUGUCAUCUAGGCCUUGUACCAAGCGAGUACCAAUGUUGUCCUGGUACGGAAACUAAUUCUUCAGCAUGCAAGAUGCCACUAUCAGUUGGCAUCGGUGGAGCACCUGCAUCACCUGUCAACCGCUGGUAUUAUGAUGCAGCAGCAUCAACUUGUAAAACUUUCGAGUACAAUGGCAGGAAAGGAAACCAAAAUAAUUUCAUAAGUGAAGCUGAUUGCGCAGCCACUUGCACAGUUUUCGUGAAUCCAUGUGACCGUACAGUAACACUGCCACUGCAAACAUGUUCCAAUUCAGAGGCCUGUCCUAGUGGUACCUAUUGCCAUUACGGAUCAACAUCACAAACUACCAUUUGUUGUCCUUUCGAAGGAAAUCGCUGCUCGCAACCAAUGGCUCGCGGUAUUGGUAGUGGAUCACUGCAACGAUGGUACUACAAUUCGAUGAAAGGCAUCUGUGAAAUGUUCACAUAUAAUGGAAUACAUGGCAAUGCCAAUAAUUUCUUAAGCAAAGAGAAUUGUGAAAUUGCCUGCAGAAUAAAUCCUUGUCCUGAUGGUCAACCGUUCUCCACUUCAAACAGUGUUUAUCAAGUAUGUGUUGCAUCAACACUCUACAUAAACGGUUGUCCCAAUGGUUACUGGUGCAAUCCUGGUAGCAAUUCAUUUACUACAGUUUGCUGUCCUGGAGCAGUUAAUAACCCAUGUAAUUUGCCUAUGGUAGUAGGUGAGGGUAAUGAAAAGUUACAACGUUACUAUUACGACGCAAUGGCAAGGGUAUGUCGAGUUUUUACAUAUCAUGGCAUGAAGGGAAACCAGAAUAACUUUUUAUCACAGACAGCCUGUCAGCUUCGGUGUCGUCCAUUAGAAAAUCCAUGUAUUGGACAACCGGCAACAACUACUGCAGGGCAAAUACUCUUUUGCUCAGCCAUCAAUAAAGAGGUGUGUCCAGUAAAUUUCUGGUGUCAUAUUGGUUCGACACCGGAAACAUCUGUUUGCUGUCCUGGAGCAACAAAUCCCUGUUCGGUACCGCUUUCACCGGGUUCUGGUAAUGCGGAUCUGUCGCGGUGGUACUACAGUGCUGAUGAUCGUGAGUGUUUACCUUUCCAAUACAACGGCAUAAGAGGCAAUCAGAACAAUUUCUUGUCACAAAUGGAAUGCUCGAGGACUUGUCCAGAACAGCUAUGCUUAUUAUCGAUAGAUAAAGGAGCUUGUAGUGAACAUCAAACACGUUAUGCCUUCGAUCGACAACAGAAUCAAUGCAUAUCAUUCGAGUAUACAGGUUGUGGUGGUAAUCUGAACAAUUUCCGUUCGUUAGUUGAUUGCAUAUCAACUUGUGGACAACUAGGAUUUUGA